ACCUACAGAGCUACAAACCUUGUUCCACGAUUCGCACCCACCGUGUGCGUGUAAUCCACACAUCCCUGCGGCUUCGCUAAUGAAUGGCCGAAUGCCAUGCUUCAGUUUAUCAGGCAUUCUCAUUUAGUUUCGACGCAAUUGUACCCAGACAAAAAAUUUACAGGAGAUCGCCGAAAAGAUGAAACUGGUUGAUCAAGUCGUGCAGACAUUUCGUGUUGCAAAGUUAUUCAGAGACAAUAAUGAGAGAGUGAACAAUAUUGACUUUUCUCCAAGCGGAGACCUGUUGUUGACAUCAAGCGACGAUGAUCAAAUUGUCAUUUAUGAUUGCGAAAAGGGAACAUCAAAAAGAACCCUCAACAGCAAGAAGUAUGGUGUUGAUCUUAUCCAUUUUACUCAUGGGAAAAAUUCUGCUAUUUAUGCAUCAACCAAAAUUGAUGAUACUAUCCGAUACCUGUCCCUCCACGAUAACAAAUUCAUCCGAUACUUCCAUGGACAUACUAAGAGAGUUGGUACCCUGAGCAUGAGCCCCAUUGAUGACACCUUCAUCUCUGGUUCUGCAGACAAGACACUCCGAUUAUGGGACUUGCGCUCUCCAAAUUGCCAAGGAACAAUGCAUGCUGGAGGACGACCUGUUGCUGCUUUUGAUCCUGAAGGUCUAAUAUUUGCUGCUGGCAUCAAUUCUGAAACAGUGAAACUUUAUGAUCUCAGAUCGUUUUUCAAAGGACCUUUUAGCACUUUUGAACUUAAUCAAGAGAAAGAAUGUGAUUGGACUGGUCUCAAAUUUAGCCCUGAUGGAAAAACAAUCUUGGUAUCUACUAAUGGAUCAGUGAUUCGUCUUGUGGAUGCUUUUGCUGGAACUCCUUUGAAAACAUUUACGGGCCACAUGAACAAUAAGGGCAUCCCUCUGGAGGCAUCAUUCAGCCCAGACUCGCAAUUUGUGUUCAGCGGCUCAACCGACGGUCACGUGCACGUUUGGAACGCAGAGAAAGGCUACAAAGUGGCCACGCUCAACGGCGAUCACACUGGUCCUGUUCAGUGCAUCCAAUUUAAUCCUAAAUACAUGAUGCUUGCCUCGGCGUGCUCUCACAUGUCGUUUUGGCUGCCUGCUCUUGACCAGUGAAAAUUUAACUCAUCUUCAGUGUUACAGAUUCCGUGCCGUAAUACUACUGAAUUAGUAUAGCUUACUUCUAAACCUUAGUAACCGUAAUUAAUGUGCUCUUUUUUCCGUUGCGUUAUUGUUGAUUUUCUUUUGUAUUUAAACUUUGUAUUUACCAUUGCAGAUGAUGAAUUUACUCUUCACUUCCUCUAGAUGCAGUAUUGCUUUUAUUUAAUGUAAUGCCAGACCUAUUUCGGUUUUUGUUGCAUUUUUGUUGCAACUUCUAAACGAUCAUUUUAAUCUGUAUCGAAAUUCAUAAGAUGAUAUAAUAAAUGAUAGUUUUUCAUGGAAUUUCAUAGCAAACGCCCAUAAUUUCUUAGUGAUUAAUUGUAGUAUGAUCUCAAUGAGUUCCGAAAGUGUCUCUAGAUGUUAUGUCUCCUAAACCCCACUAUGCUAUGUUCCUUCUAUGAGUGAUAUCUUUUUGGCUUUCUACGACUGUUUGAAGGUGCUCUUCUAGGACGUUGCGGAGUUUGUUGAAGACAAGAGCGUAAUCCUUUUCUGCAAUUUGCAUAUUGCUCUACUCAAUUAUGGUGAAUUAGACUUUUUGUAGGAUUUGGAAGUUUGAAUAUGGGGUUUCCAAGGGUUUAUUAUGAUAUUUCAAAGUUACUAAUGCGCAUUAUCCAAUGUCAAGUAAAGUGAAUGUUUUAAAAGGCUUAAGAAUGGGAUUUCGGAAUGAUAUAAGUACGUUCAUCAGAUAUUAUUAAUGAAACUUUAAAAUUACGAUUUAUGCAUCAAAUUACUCUGAAAAUUAUUUCAAUGUCCUAAAAAUAAAGUGCUCUAUUAAUAGAUCGUUGGAUUAGGACCUUAACGCGAUAGUGAAUAAAUAAUAUGUAUGCGACACGUCGUAAUAUUAUGGUCAAAUGUCCAUUGAAAACCUCAAGUAUGAACUUCAAUCCCCUGUGAUAAGUCUAAUUUCUA